AUGAUAAGCUCAGAUGCAGAAUAUAUCCGCGCGGGGCGAGAGAAAGAUCAAACGAGCCCUAAUAAAGCACGGCAACCCUUUGUACCAAACACCGUAUUGAGUCCUCUUCAAGCAAGCCGCUUGAAUCAACGUCAGGGGGCCUAUCCCGCGAAGGGCCGUAUCGCAUUUGAACUCGGUCCAAACUCAUAUUCAGAGAUAGGCAAACAAUGGAAUCUGUCUGAUUUUGAAAUUGGGCGUAAAUUGGGUCGCGGAAAGUUCGGCAGAGUGUUCUGUGUUAAGGAAAAGCAGACGGGAUACAUUUGCGCCUUGAAAUGCAUGAACAAGACUGAGCUGGUGGAGUACCGGGUUGAAAACCAAUUUCAACGUGAGAUUGAAAUCCAAUCUAACCUUCUGCAUCCAAACAUUUUACGUCUCUAUGGCUACUUUCACGACGCUAAACGUGUGUAUUUGAUUGUGGAGUAUGCUGUAAAGGGUGAGCUGUAUAAGCACCUUCAGGCGGCUGGCCGCUUCGAUGAAGUCAAAGCUUCGAAAUAUAUUUAUCAAAUGGCAGAUGCAUUACAAUAUCUGCACAAAAAGAACAUCAUCCAUCGAGAUAUCAAACCAGAAAAUAUUCUGGUCGACAGCAACGGAGACAUAAAAAUCUCAGACUUUGGAUGGAGCGUUCAUUCAGCCUCUAGACGCGCAACCAUGUGUGGAACUCUUGAUUACUUGCCGCCUGAGAUGGUUGAGCGUAAAACCCACGACUCUCGAGUGGACAUUUGGUCGCUGGGUAUCUUGACUUAUGAGCUACUUGUGGGCACGCCUCCUUUUGAAGAGGCUGGACAGGAAGAAACCUACAGACGCAUCUGUAAAGUUGAUCUGAAGGUUCCAUCGUUUGUACCCAGAGACGCGGUGGAUCUCAUUGAGAAACUCCUCAGACAUGAUCCGCAUGAGCGUAUGGAAUUGCGACGAGUCGCUAGCCAUCCUUGGAUUGUGCGAAACAAGCCCUUCUGGGCUAUGGCUAAGUAA